AUGACAACAAGCCCACCUAUUGAAAUCAGCGAUGACGAGCUUCAUCAUUCAGAAAGUAUAGGUGAAUUAAAGAAGUUGGUUCAAGAGCAACAACUGGUACUCAUUGACAGCCAUGAAGAACAACAAGAGUUCAAUAAAUUAUCAAAAGAUCUAAAGUUUGCUAGAUUAAACAAUCUUAUUGAAAGAUCACAGAUUUAUUCAAAGAUCAUAGCAGAUAAUAUCUUGCAAACAUCUUUACAGAACCAGCAGCAACAGCAACCACAACCAGAACAGCCAAAGCAACAACCAACGCCCGAAGAAACACCACCCAGAAAGAAGAGAAGAACUAGAGGUUCUGCCAAACCCAAACAAGAUAUUGUCUCCAUGUUGUCGACAAACAUAUCUGAAUCAACCAAAUCUACGCGUAAAGCAAUCGAGGAAUCUCAGCAAAACACGACAGAGAACAAAACUACCCAACCAAAGCUUAUAACUGGGUGCACAUUAAAAGACUACCAAUUGGAUGGUUUGGAGUGGUUAGUCACUCUAUAUCAAAAUGGAUUGAAUGGGAUAUUAGCCGAUGAAAUGGGGUUAGGGAAAACUGUUCAAUGUAUUGCCUUUCUUAGUUUUUUAAUUGAGCAGGGAAUUACUGGUCCUUUCUUAAUUGUGGUUCCGCUUUCCACCUUGUCAAAUUGGUAUAAUGAAGUUUCUAGAUUUGCACCCAAGAUUAAAGUGCUUAAAUAUACUGGAAAUAAAGUAGAAAGAAACAAAAUUAACUUAACCAGCAAGAGUUCUAAAUUGAAUAUAAUAAUAACUUCAUAUGAGAUCUCCAUCAAGGAUUUUAACAAAUUGUCGACAAUUAAUUGGAAUUAUCUUAUCGUAGACGAAGGUCAUAGACUUAAGAACAAUGAAUGUGUUUUGAUCAAGUUUUUGAAGAAAUUAAACGUUAGCAAUAGAUUAUUAUUAACUGGUACACCAUUACAAAACAAUCUUAAUGAAUUAUGGUCAUUAUUAAACUUUAUCUUACCUGAUAUUUUUCAUGAUUUAGAAUUAUUCCAACAAUGGUUUAAUUUUGAUGAAUUGACAAGUCUAACUACGGAUGAAGAAGAUGAAGAAACUAAGAAAUUAAUCAAAUUCAAUAUCCAAGAAGCAUUAAUUAAGAAUUUGCAUACAAUUUUAAAACCUUUCAUCUUGAGAAGAUUAAAGAAAGAUGUGAUUAAGGAUUUACCACCUAAAAAGGAGUAUUUGAUUCAAAUUCCUUUGACUGAAUUACAACGAAAAAUUUAUUAUGAUGCAAUUAAUUCCCAGUUAUUUGCAAGUUUAAUUGAGGUAAAUUUAAAGGAAUUUAUAAAAUAUAAUCAUUGGAAUUUAUUCAAGAACGAUUUGCACAGAAUUGAUCAAUUUUUACAAGCAGUAUAUGGUGGAAAAGUUACUCAUAAGGAAGGUAAACAUGUCACCUCUUAUAUUGAAGUUAAUACUGAUGAUGAAUUUGAAGAAGAAGAUUCUGUUUCAAUUGAUACAAGUAGUGAUGAAAUUACUUAUGAACAAGUGCUUGAAAACUUACCCAGAAGUAAACAAGCUAAACAAGACGCAAUCUUACAAUCGUUAUACCGAAAGAUCUAUAAAUCCAUACGACACUUGUCCUUACAAAACCUUAUGAUGCAAUUACGAAACAUUUGUAAUUCUCCUUAUGUUUAUUAUGAACCUUUCCUAAUUGAAGAAGGAAACAAAAAUGAUACAAAAUUCAUGGAAGCACUUAUUUCGAACUCAGCUAAAUUUCAAGCUUUAAACCAAUUGGUGAAACCCUUGAUUUCACAAGGGCAUAAAAUUUUAAUAUUUUCACAAUUUACAAAAUUAUUAGAUCUUUUGCAAGAUUGGUUUCAUUUCCAGGAGAUCGAAGUUUGUCGAUUAGAUGGAUCAACUUCCCAACUUGAUCGAGAAUCUCAAAUCUCACAAUUCAAUAAACCAGGUUCUCCAGAAUCUGUUUUCUUAUUAUCUACCCGUGCAGGAGGAUUAGGAAUCAAUUUAACUGGUGCCGACACAGUAAUCCUUUUUGAUAAUGAUUGGAACCCUCAAAUGGAUUUGCAAGCAAUUGAUAGAGUUCACAGAAUUGGACAAAUUAAACCAGUGAAGAUCUUCCGCUUUGUUAUUCGAGAUUCAAUUGAAGAAAUCUUGAUUAGUAAGUCAACUUCAAAGAGAUUUCUUGAAAAGUUGAUUAUUCAAAUGGGAGAAUUUAAGUUUAAUAAACUCAAGAAAUUAAUUGGUGGUGAUGACAAAGAUUUGGAAUUAAAUGUCAAAGAAUUGAUUGAAUUGACAAAGUACAACUUUAAACAUUCAAGUGAUAAAGAAAAUGUUCAAGAUAAAGCACCUGAAUUUACAUUUACUGAUGAGAAGUACCAGCCUGUUUUAACAACUGAAGAAGUCUCUGAAUUGUUGGAUAGAUCACCCCAAUGUUAUACUUCAGUUGAUGAUUCCAAGUUUAACAAUAUUACCAUUUUUGAAACAGUCAACAACAUGGAUAAAUAA